UCAAAAGACUGAAAUAUGUCUGUGGCUGCAGAGAACUACCAGGCCGAUCUGGCCAACAUCACAUGUGAGAUCGCCAUCAAGCAGAAGCUGAUCGACGAGCUGGAGAACAGCCAGCGGCGUCUGCACACGCUCAAGCAGCAGUACGAGCAGAAGCUGAUGAUGCUGCAGUGCAAGAUCAGGGACACCCAGCUGGAGCGCGACCGCGUCCUUCAGAACAUGAACUCUGUGGAAAGUGGCACAGAGGACAAGGCUCGUAAAAUCAAGGCUGAAUAUGAGAAGAAGCUGAGCGUCAUGAACAAGGAGCUUCAGAAGCUCCAGUCGGCUCAGAAGGAACACGCCCGCCUGCUGAAGAACCAAUCACAGUACGAGAAGCAGCUGAAGAAGCUCCAGAUGGAUGUGACUGAAAUGAAGAAGACAAAGGUUCGUCUUAUGAAGCAAAUGAAGGAGCAGCAGGAGAAAAAUCGACUGAAUGAGUCGCGCAGGAACAGAGAAAUUGCCUCUUUGAAAAAGGACCAGCGAAAGCAAGAGCAUCAACUAAAGCUGCUGGAGGCUCAGAAAAGGCAGCAGGAGCUGAUUCUGAGGAGGAAGACUGAGGAGGUGACUGCUCUGAGAAGGCAGGUGAGGCCCACCUCAGGUAAAGUGGUCCGGAAAGUCAACCUUCCGGAGGUUCAGGACUCCAGCCACCGCCCGCCCUCCGGACGCCUUUACUCCUCCAGCAGCACGGCUGCCAACGGCACAUGGUCCUCCUACAGGCGCACAGCUGGUGUUUAUUCCACCAGAGUCGCUCGUAACAAAUGGCAGACCCUGGAGCGGCGCAUCUCAGACGUCAUAAUGCAGAGGAUGACCAUCUCUAACAUGGAGGCCGACAUGAACCGUCUCCUCAAGCAACGAGAGGAGCUGACGAAGCGAAAGGAGAAGGUGAUCAGGAAGCGGGACCGGCUGUUGAGAGAGGGUCUGGAGGCAGAGAAGACCGUGCUCCCUCUCAACGAGGAAGUGGAUGCUCUGACCGCCAACAUUGAUUACAUUAAUGACAGCAUCGCCGACUGUCAGGCCAACAUCAUGCAGAUGGAGGAAACCAAGGAGGAGGGUGACACAGUGGACGUCUCUGCUGUGAUUGGUUCUUGCACUCUGGUUGAAGCUCGUUUCCUAUUGGAUCAUUUCAUGUCCAUGGCAAUUAACAAGGGUCUACAGGCGGCUCAGCGGGAGUCUCAGGUGAAGGUGAUGGAGGGCCGCCUGAAGCAGACUGAAAUCACCAGCGCCACACAGAACCAGCUGCUGUUUCACAUGCUGAAGGAGAAGGCCGAGUUCAACCCGGAGCUGGACGCUCUGCUGGGAAACGCUCUGCAAGAGCUAGGUAACUUCCCAGUUGAAAACGGGGAUGAUAGCAGCAGCGAUGAGUCAGCCCAGAGUCCCUCAGCAGAAGGAACCACAUUGGCGUCGGACCUUAUGAAACUUUGUGGGGAGUCCAAAACAAGGAGCAAGGCCCGCAGGAGGACCACCACUCAGAUGGAGCUUCUGUAUGCAAACAGUGAAUCUGCCGGUGAUGCGCCCGCUGACUUCUCCGGCCCCAUGCUGUCUUUGGCUGAAACCCCAGAUGGAGGUGGAGUGGACAUGGACUUGUCGGGCCCAUCAGUCAGAGACUACACAGCUCUUUCCCCUGGCUUUUCCUCUAAAAUGGGCAGCAUCUCUGGCUCCAGAACUGUGUCAGGUUUGGAGAAGCGAACCCCAGAGCCGUCCCCGCUCUCUCGCAGGAAGACCUAUGACAAGGCACAAGCAGCGGCUGACAGGGCAAAGGUCAAGGAGAAUAAACAGGGCGUCAUCAACCCAGUGCCGUCCACUAAGAGCAGCCGCUCGGCGAUGUUGCAGUGCGUUCACGUGGCAGAGGGACACAGCAAAGCCGUGCUGUGUGUAGACUGCACCGACGACCUUUUGUUCACCGGAUCCAAAGACCGGACCUGUAAAGUGUGGAACCUGGUGACGGGUCAGGAGAUAAUGUCCCUGGGAGGCCACCCUAACAACGUGGUGUCGGUCCGCUACAGCUCCAGUCUAGUCUUCACCGUCUCCACUUCAUACAUCAAAGUAUGGGACAUCAGGGACUCGGCCAAAUGCAUCAGAACUCUAACAUCCUCUGGUCAGGUCAAUGUUGGGGAUAUCUGUGCAUCUAACACCAGUCGGACGGUCACCACCCCGUCAGGGGAAAACCAGAUCAACCAAAUUGCUCUCAAUCCCAAUGGGAUGGUCCUCUAUGCUGCUGCUGGAAACUCAGUUCGGGUGUGGGAUCUGAGGAGGUUCGUUUCCACCGGAAAGCUAACGGGUCACCUGGGUCCUGUCAUGUGUCUGACUGUGGAUCAGUCUGGAAACAACCAAGACCUGGUGAUCACUGGGUCCAAGGAUCAUUACAUUAAGCUGUUCGAUGUAAGUGAAGGCUCUCUGGGGAGCGUCAGCCCUGCGCACAACUUUGAGCCUCCCCACUAUGACGGUAUCGAGUCACUGGUGGUCCAAGGGGACAUUUUCUUUAGCGGUUCCCGCGACAACGGAAUCAAAAAGUGGGAUCUGGAUCGCAAAGACUUGCUGCAGCAAGUCCCAAAUGCUCACCGUGACUGGGUUUGCGCCCUGGGCAUCGUCCCCAGCUCCCCGGCCCUGCUGAGUGGCUGCAGAGGAGGGGUGCUCAAGCUCUGGCACACAGACACACUGGGGCCUCUGGGGGAGCUCAAGGGUCAUGAGAGCCCCAUAAACAGCAUCGCUGCAAACAGCAGCCACCUGUUUACAGCCUCCGACGACCGCACAGUGAAGAUCUGGCGCGCCCGCGCCGGACUGGACAGCACCUUAGAGGGCGUGGACAAUGCAGACGAGGUGGCCAGUAACUGAGCGCAGCACCCCCUGCCUGUGAUGACUCCAGAAGGACGUAACUGCAUUCUGUGACGUUGCUGCUCUUGCACUUUGCCCUCAACAUCUUAACCCAGUGCUGACUCUGAACAUGCUCACUGUUUUGGCCAUACGAUCGUUGACUCAGCCCAAACUCGCUCAGUAAUCUCAUAAUCUCUUAAGGUAUUUUAUUCAUUUCAAUGUUCGGUACGGCUCCGUUUUAGGUUUUCCGCUGUACGAACUGCAGUAUUGUGAGUUUCUCCUGAUUGUCAGUUGAAAUGACGAGUUCAUUCCAAAUCUCGAAAGUGUCCGCUGACACACACACACACACACACGCACACACACUCUCGAAAGGGGUUUGUGUGUCCGAGACGGUGCAGAGAUGAGCAGCUGAUCCCCGCCUGCAUCGAGAGGAUUCUGAACCACAGAGAAAACCCAAGCAUGAACUGCGCCAUGCCACGCAAUGAAAACGUGCCAUAGACUCUGACUCUGUCCACUCUCUAUUACAGUUUCUAGGAAAAACGCCUAUUCUGCUUGUGCUGUAGAAGAGUAAUCAUAGAAGCUUGUACUUUGAGAACAGACACAACGAUACAGUUUCUAGAGUAACUGUUCAGCUCAGCAUAGUAAAUCCUGAUCUAGGAGACAAAACGGAUGAACUCUUACCCAGAAACAAAAGACUGUUCUCAGAUUUGGGAAGAACUGAUAGGAAUUCUGUUGUAGGAGGAAAACUUGGUAGAUUUAGAGUUGAUAGUGAUCACUUUUGAGUUCAUUUAAUAGAUUUCUUUCACAUCAGAACCAACUUCUCACAUGGCCAUUCCUGAGGGGAAACUAACAGGACACUGUUUCAUCUCAACUCUGCUGCUGAAUAGCAUCUUUAGUUCACCAAGCAAAUAUGUGCAACUUAUGCAAAGUUAAGAUGUUACCACUAACAUGAAUGAUAUCUGAAGCUACAUCAACCUUUUUUUAAAGUUAUUAAUUUAAAACAAGUCAUUAUGUCUUGUACAAUUUUGACAUUUUCAGGAUUUUAUUCCUCAAUUUCUUUGGUUGUUUCUUUUUCUUCCUUCCUUUUUUUCCAAAUCCCAGUUUUACAGAAUGCUUCCCCACCGUGAAAGUUCAGAGGUUUGUGGCCAAUUUUAAGUCUUAAAUUUUCCUUAAGCUUCGAUCUGCCGGUCCAGAUUUGAGCUAACUCUACUUUCUUCCGUAAGGAUUGCAAAACAAGAACGUACAAAACAGCAUUUGUUUGUUUUUUUCUGUCUUUUCUUUGUUUCUUUCUUGUAACAAAGAAAGAAACAAAAAGCAAAAUCAUUUUAAACUGGACUUAGCAUCAUGUAUUGGCAACAUCACUGUUAGCUUGCUAGCAUUUCUAAAACCAGUCUCCGUGGAUACAUCCUAGAGAAUGUAAAUAUUUAUGUUUACGGAGAUUUCCAAAAGGCUGCCAACAUUUUUUAUAUCCAGCAUGUUCUGGCUCACGGUACAUAUAAAACAAUAUGUUUUAUGAAAUUGUCAGCCUUCCGAUUAUCUAUUGAAACUUCUGCUUUCCCACAGCCUGAAUGAAAAGUAGAUAUAGUAUAUUCAGUUUUAUCUAAAAAAAUAUUUCCACUUCUUUCCUUCUUCUCACUUUAAACACGUUCACUAUUUGAAAAACUGCUAACUUUGAGUCUUCUCUCAGUCCAGUUCCAGUCAGCCCCUCAUUUUUCUGAGCCUCUCUAAGUAACUGCAGACCUUUUACAGGGCAAAGCUCUUAGUUUUAGCCUCUUAAUGUAAUGAGAAGAGUGGAAAUCUCCUUCAACUUUGUGGAACUAUUCCUUUAACACUUGAGCACUUGUAAAAAAAAAAAACA